CACCCCGCCCCAUUCUCCCGCUUUCCAUCACCCCGCCCCAUUCUCCAGCUUUCCAGCACCCCGCCCCAUUCUCCCGCUUUCCAUCACCCCGCCCGAUUCUCCCGCUUUUCAUCACCCCGCCCCAUUCUCCCGCUUUCCAUCACCCGCCCAUUCUCCCGCUUUCCAUCACCCCGCCCCAUUCUCCCUCUUUCCAGCACCCCGCCCCAUUCUCCUGCUUUCCAUCACCCCGCCCCAUUCUCCCGCUUUCCAGCACCUCGCCCCAUUCUCCCGCUUUCCAUCACCCCGCCCCAUUCUCCCGCUUUCCAGCACCCCGCCCCAUUCUCCCGCUUUCCAUCACCCCGCCCCAUUCUCCCGCUUUCCAUCACCCCGCCCCACUCUCCCGCUUUCCAUCACCCCGCCCCAUUCUCCCGCUUUCUAUCACCCCGCCCCAUUCUCCCUCUUUCCAUCACCCCGCCCCAUUCGCCUGCUUUCCAUCACCCGCCCCAUUCUCCCGCUUUCCAUCACCUCGCCCCAUUCUCCCACUUUCCAUCACCCCACCCCAUUCUCCCUCUUUCCAUCACCCCGCCCCAUUCUCCCUCUUUCCAUCACCCUGCCCCAUUCUCCCUCUUUCCAUAACCCCGCCCCAUUCUCCCGCUUUCCAUCACCCCGCUCCAUUCUCCCGCUUUCCAUCACCCCGCCCCAUUCUCCCGCUUUCCAUCACCCCGCCCCAUUCUCCCGCUUUCAAGCACCCCGCCCCAUUCUCCCGCUUUCCAUCACCCCGCCCAAUUCUCCCGCUUUCCAGCACCCCGCCCCAUUCUCCCGCUUUCCAUCACCCCGUCCCAUUCUCCCGCUUCCAGCACCCCGCCCCAUUCUCCCGCUUUCCAUCACCCCGCCCGAUUCUCACGCUUUCCAUCACCCCGCCCCACUCUCCCGCUUUCCAUCACCCCGCCCCAUUCUCCCGCUUUCCAUCACCCCGCCCCAUUCUCCCUCUUUCCAUCACCCCGCCCCAUUCGCCUGCUUUCCAUCACCCGCCCCAUUCUCCCGCUUUCCAUCACCCCGCCCCAUUCUCCCUCUUUCCAUCACCCCGCCCCAUUCUCACGCUUUCUAUCAACCCGCCCGAUUCUCACGCUUUCCAUCACCCCGCCCCACUCUCCCGCUUUCCAUCACCCCGCCCCAUUCUCCCGCUUUCCAUCACCCCGCCUCAUUCUCCCUCUUUCCAUCACCCCGCCCCAUUCGCCUGCUUUCCAUCACCCGCCCCAUUCUCCCGCUUUCCAUCACCCCGCCCCAUUCUCCCUCUUUCCAUCACCCCGCCCCAUUCUCACGCUUUCUAUCAACCCGCCCGAUUCUCACGCUUUCCAUCACCCCGCCCCACUCUCCCGCUUUCCAUCACCCCGCCCCAUUCUCCCGCUUUCCAUCACCCCACCCCAUUCUCCCUCUUUCCAUCACCCCGCCCCAUUCGCCUGCUUUCCAUCACCCGCCCCAUUCUCCCGCUUUCCAUCACCCCGACCCAUUCUCCCGCUUUCCAUCACCCCGCCCCACUCUCCCGCUUUCCAUCACCCCGCCCCAUUCUCCCGCUUUCCAUCACCCCGCCCCAUUCUCCCUCUUUCCAUCACCCCGCCCCAUUCGCCUGCUUUCCAUCACCCGCCCCAUUCUCCCGCUUUCCAUCACCCCGCCCCAUUCUCCCUCUUUCCAUCACCCCGCCCCAUUCGCCUGCUUUACAUCACCCCGCCCGAUUCUCCCGCUUUCCAUCACCCCGCCCCACUCUCCCGCUUUCCAUCACCCCGCCCCAUUCUCCCGCUUUCCAUCACCCCGCCCCAUUCUCCCUCUUUCCAUCACCCCGCCCCAUUCGCCUGCUUUCCAUCACCCGCCGCAGGGCGAGGGCUCCACGGCUGCUGCAGGGACUGCUGCUCCAGAGGCCAGGGGCGGCUGCUGCAGGGGCGGCUGCUCCAGGGGCCAGGGGCAGCUGCUGCGGCGGCGGCUGCUCCAGGGGCCAGGGUGCCGCGGCGGGCAGGGGCGGCUGCGGCUGACACGGCAGCGGCGGCGGCGGCUGCUGGUGUCGGCGGCGGCGGCGGCUGCUGCUGUCGGCGGCGGCGCACCCCGCCCCAUUCUCCCGCUUUCCAUCACCCCGCCCCAUUCUCCCUCUUUCCAUCACCCCGCCCCAUUCGCCUGCUUUCCAUCACCCGCCCCAUUCUCCCGCUUUCCAUCACCCGCCCCAUUCUCCCGCUUUCCAUCACCCCGCCCCAUUCUCCCGCUUUCCAUCACCCCGCCCCAUUCUCCCGCUUUCCAUCACCCGCCCCAUUCUCCCGCUUUCCAUCACCCCGCCCCACUCUCCCGCUUUCCAGAACCCCGCCCUAUUCUCGUGCUUUCCAUCACCCCGCCCCAUUCUCCCGCUUUCCAGCACCCCGCCCCAUUCUCCCGCUUUCCAUCACCCCGCCCCACUCUCCCGCUUUCCAUCACCCCGCCCCAUUCUCCCGCUUUCUAUCACCCCGCCCCAUUCUCCCUCUUUCCAUCACCCCGCCCCAUUCGCCUGCUUUCCAUCACCCGCCCCAUUCUCCCGCUUUCCAUCACCCCGCCCCAUUCUCCAUCUUUCCAUCACCCCGCCCCAUUCUCCCUCUUUCGAUCACCCCGCCCCAUUCUCCCUCUUUCCAUCACCCCGCCCCACUCUCCCGCUUACCAGCACCCCGCCCUAUUCUCGUGCUUUCCAUCACCCCGCCCCAUUCUCCCGCUUUCUAGCACCCCGCCCCAUUCUCCCGCUUUCCAUCACCCCGCCCGAUUCUCCCGCUUUCCAUCACCCCACCCCACUCUCCCGCUUUCCAUCACCCCGCCCCAUUCUCCCGCUUUCUAUCACCCCGCCCCAUUCUCCCGCUUUCCAUCACCCCGCCCCAUUCGCCUGCUUUCCAUCACCCGCCCCAUUCUCCCGCUUUCCAUCACCCCGCCCCAUUCACCAUCUUUCCAUCACCUCGCCCCAUUCUCCCUCUUUCCAUCACCCCGCCCCAUUCUCCCGCUUUCCAUCACCCCACCCCAUUCUUCCUCUUUCCAUCACCCCGCCCCAUUCUCCCUCUUUCCAUCACCUUGCCCGAUUCUCCCUCUUUCCAUAACCCCGCCCCAUUCUCCCGCUUUCCAUCACCCCGCCCCAUUCUCCCGAUUUCCAUCACCCCGCCCCAUUCUCCCGCUUUCCAUCACCCCGCCCCAUUCUCCCUCUUUCCAUCACCCCUCCCCAUUCUCCCUCUUUCCAUCACCCCGCCCCAUUCUCCCGCUUUCCAUCACCCCGCCCCAUUCCCCCUCUUUCCAUCACCCCGCCCCACUCUUCCUCUUUCCAUCACCCUGCCCCAUUCUACCUCUUUCCAUCACCCUGCCCCAUUCUCCCUCUUUCCAUCACCCCGCCCCAUUCUCCCGCUUUCCAUCACCCACCCCAUUCUCACGCUUUCCAUCACCCCGCCCCAUUCUCCCUCUUUCCAGCACCCCGCCCCAUUCUCCUGCUUUCCAUCACCCCGCCCCAUUCACCCGCUUUCCAGCACCCCGCCCCAUUCUCUCGCUUUCCAUCACCCCGCCCGAUUCUCACGCUUUCCAUCACCCCGCCCCACUCUCCCGCUUUCCAUCACCCCGCCCCAUUCUCCCACUUUCCAUCACCCCGCCCCAUUCUCCCUUUUUCCAUCACCCCGCCCCAUUCGCCUGCUUUCCAUCACCCGACCCAUUCUCCCGCUUUCCAUCACCCCGCACCAUUCUCCCGCUUUCCAUCACCCCGCCCCAUUCUCCCUCUUUCCAUCACCCCGCCCCAUUCGCCUGCUUUCCAUCACCCGCCCCAUUCUCCCGCUUUCCAUCACCCCGCCCCAUUCUCCCGCUUUCCAUCACCCCGCCCCAUUCUCCCGCUUUCCAUCACCCCGCCCCAUUCUCCCGCUUUCAAGCACCCCGCCCCAUUCUCCCGCUUUCCAUCACCCCGCCCAAUUCUCCCGCUUUCCAGCACCCCGCCCCAUUCUCCCGCUUUCCAUCACCCCGCCCCAUUCUCCCGCUUCCAGCACCUCGCCCCAUUCUCCCGCUUUCCAUCACCCCGCCCGAUUCUCCCGCUUUCCAUCACCCCGCCCCAUUCUCCCGCUUUCCAUCACCCGCCCCAUUCUCACGCUUUCCAUCACCCCGCCCCAUUCUCCCUCUUUCUAGCACCCCGCCCCAUUCUCCUGCUUUCCAUCACCCCGCCCCAUUCUCCCGCUUUCCAGCACCCCGCCCCAUUCUCCCGCAUUCCAUCACCCCGCCCGAUUCUCACGCUUUCCAUCACCCCGCCCCACUCUCCCGCUUUCCAUAA